UCCUCCUCCUCCUCCCUCCAUCCCUCUCCCUCUUCCUCCUCCUCCCUCUCCCCGCCCCUCCCGCCCCUCCCUCCGCGCACGCGCUCCGCAGCGCCCCGGCGGCGGAGCCAAGAUGGCGGCGGUGGUUCAGAAUGUGGUCAAGCUGCUGGGCGAGCAGUACUACCGGGACGCCAUGGAGCAGUGCCACAGCUACAACGCGCGGCUCUGCGCCGAGCGCAGCGUGCGCCUGCCCUUCCUGGACUCGCAGACCGGCGUGGCCCAGAGCAACUGCUACAUCUGGAUGGAGAAACGGCACCGCGGGCCCGGUUUGGCAGCCGGGCAGCUCUACUCGUACCCGGCGCGGCGCUGGCGCAAGAAACGCCGCGCCCACCCCCCGGAGGACCCCCGGCUCUCCUUCCCUUCCAUCAAACCCGAGGCGGAGCAGGCCCUGAAGAAGGAGGGGCUGCUGGCGCAGGACGGGAGCAGCCUGGAGGCGCUGCUCCGCACGGAUCCCCUGGAGAAGCGCUCGCUGCCCGACCCGCGCAUGGACGACGACAGCCUGGGCGAGUUCCCGGUCACCAACAGCCGCGCCCGCAAGCGCAUCCUGGAGCCCGACGAUUUCCUGGACGAUUUGGACGACGAGGAUUACGAGGAGGACACGCCCAAGCGGAGAGGGAAGGGCAAGGCCAAGGGAAAAGGCGUGGGGGGCGCUCGGAAGAAGCUGGACGCCGCCAUCCUGGAGGACCGGGACAAGCCCUACGCCUGUGACAACAGUUACAAACAAAAGCAUUCCUUGAAACCUCCCGACCGAGUCUGCGGGAAGCGCUACAAGAACCGCCCGGGGCUCAGCUACCACUACGCCCACUCGCACCUGGCCGAGGAGGAGGGCGACGACAAGGACGACUCGCAGCCCCCCACGCCCGUCUCCCAGCGCUCCGAGGAGCAGAAAUCCAAGAAGGGUCCCGACGGGUUGGCCCUUCCCAACAAUUACUGCGACUUCUGCCUGGGGGACUCCAAGAUCAACAAGAAGACGGGACAGCCCGAGGAGCUCGUGUCCUGCUCCGACUGCGGCCGCUCCGGGCACCCGUCGUGCCUGCAGUUCACGCCGGUGAUGAUGGCGGCGGUGAAGACGUACCGCUGGCAGUGCAUCGAGUGCAAGUGCUGCAACAUCUGCGGCACCUCCGAGAACGACGACCAGCUGCUGUUCUGUGACGACUGCGACCGUGGGUACCACAUGUACUGCCUGACCCCCCCCAUGUCCGAGCCCCCCGAGGGGAGCUGGAGCUGCCACCUCUGCCUGGACCUGCUCAAGGAGAAGGCGUCGAUCUACCAGAACCAGAACAGCUCCUGAUCCUGCUCUUCCUCAUCCUCCUCAUCCUCCCCUCCGCCCUCCUCAUCCUCACCCUUUGGGGCCUUUUAUUUCCCCUUUUUUUUGGGUCCUUUUCCCCUUUUUUUCCCUUUUUUUUCCCUUUUUUUUCCCUUUUUUUCCCCUCUUUUUUUGGGGGUCCUUUUUCUUUUAUUCCCUUUUUUAAAAUUUUCUCUUUUUUUUUUGAUCCUCUCAUCCCUUCCCCCCCCUAUUUCCCUUUUCUCCCUUCUUUUUUCCACCUUUUCCAUCAUUUUUUUAAAACUCUUCCAUUUCCUUCACUCCACCUCUUUUUUCCCAUUUUUUUCCCAAUUUUGGCUCCUUUUUUUUCCCAUUUUUUCCCCUCCUGACAUUUUUUGGGGUGACCCCCCCCUAGGGUGACAUUUUUGGGGUGAGUUUCAUCCCUUCCUCCCCAAUUCCCAGGAUUUCACCCCAAAACUCACCCCCUCCCCCUCCUGGCACCGCAGGUACCAAACUUUCCCUUUUCCCUCUUUUUUUUUGGGAAUUCUGGGGCGAUUUUGGGGCUUUUUUUUUUCCAUUUUUUGAGGGGUUUUUUUCCCAUUUUGAUUUUUAUUCCAUUUUCCCUCAUUUUUAUUCCCCCCCCUCAGGAUCCUCCCAGCCCCUCCCCCACCCCCACGAGGCCUUACCCCUCCCCCACCCCAAAAUGGGGCAGAAUCCCUGGAUUUGGGGAUUCCCCCCCCAACCUUCCCCCCUGGCACAAAAUGGGGCAAAACCCCCCAAUUUUGGGGUUUUCCCCUGGCUCCCCUCCCCCCCCCAGGGUUGGUUUGGGGUUUGGGGGUGGGGGAGGGGUUGAGGUUGGAUUUUUUUGGGGGAAAAAAGCCCCUUUUGGCCCCAAAACGCCGCUGAGGGGCAGGGGAGGGGUUUGGGGCUGUGGGACCCCCCCCAAAAUUCCCCAAAUCCCCCCAAAAUCCCAAAUUUUCCCCCUCCCCGGGUCCCGUGGACUGAAUGUGCCUGUUUUUCUAAAAAAAAAAAAAAAAAAUCCACAAAAAUAAAUGGACUUUAAAGCACCUACCUCCGACUGCCCCUCCCCCCCUGCACCCCCAAAUCCCCCCCGGACCCCCCCGAGAGGAGCCCCCGGGAUGGGCCCCAAAAACGGCCAAAAUAUCCCAAAAAUGGGCAAAAAUAACCCCAAAAACGGCCAAAAUAACCCAAAAAUGGGCAAAAAUAACCCCAAAAAUGGGCAAAAAAUAACCCAAAAAUGGGCUAAAAAUAACCCCAAAAAUGGGCAAAAUAGGCCAAAAAUGACCAAAAUAAUGCCCCAAAUGAAAUAAUCCCAAAAUUACUGAAAUAGCCCAAAGUUUGACCAAAACAGCCCCAAAAUUACCAAAGUAGCCCCAGAUUUACUGAAAUAAUGUUGAAAUAGCCCCAAAAUUGACCAAAUAACCCCCAAAAUAACUGAAGUAAUCCAAAAUUAUACAAAUAACCAAAAAAGAGACCAAAAUAACCCUAAAAGCACUAAAUUGCACCCAAAAAAACCACCCCAAGUGACUCAAAUAGCCCCAAACCUGACCAAAACAACCCCAAAAUCACCCAAAAAGCCCUAAAAUAACCAAAUAACCCCAAAGUGAUGAAAGCAUCCCCAAAAAUUAUUUUUAAAAUCCAAAAUAUUCCAAAAUAAAACUACAAAUUGACCAAAAUAACCCCAAAAAAUCAUGGAAAUUUCCCAAAAACUACCAAAAUACCCCAAAAAUGGCCAAAACAACCCCAAAAUGACUGAAAAAUUCCCCCGAAGUGCUCAAAAUUGACCCAAAUCCCCGAAAUCCCCCCCAAAAUUCCAGAUCCGAGGCCCCAUCCCGCUGGUUUCUCUCCUCCCCGUCCCGAGCACGAUUUUGGGGGGAAUCGACGGCGUUUUGGUUCAAAAUGGGAUUUUUUUUUCCCCCGUUUUCGUGCCCUGCCGGGGGUGGGGACACGGAAAUGUCCCAAAACCAGGGGGAUUCACCCCAAAAUCCCCUCGGCGAAGCUUCACGGUUGUGUCUUAUCCGGGAACGAGCGAAACGACACCAAAACGGCUCAAAACGGCUCAUUUUUCGUAAUAAAAACGGCAAAAAAUGGA